AGUUUCAAGGAAAUGCUGUAACUCUUGGCUUGGUGAAAAAGUGGGGAUUGCAGAAUGAAGAAAGUGUUCUAUUCGGGGAAACCCAGGCAGAGCAGGGGAAGCAGCAGCAGGAGUCACAGGAGCAGGAACUGCAUCUGGAACAGCAGCAGCAGGACUCACAGGAGCAGGAACUGCAUCUGGAACGGAAGCAGCAGCAGGAGCCACAGGAGCAGGAACUGCAUCUGGAACAGCAGCAGCAGCAGGAGUCACAGGAGCAGGAACUGCAUCUGGAACAGCAGCAGCAGGAGUCACAGGAACAGGAACUGCAUCUGGAACGGAAGCAGCAGCAGGAGUCACAAGAGCAAGAACUGCAGCAGCAGCAACAGGGACAACAUGGGGAACAUCAGGAAGCAGAAAACCUGGAGCAACAACUUGAGCAGAAGAAAGCACAAAGGGAUCAGCAGCUGAAGGAGCAGUUGGAAAAAGAGAAGAAGCCCUUGGACCAGCAUCUAGAUCAAGAGCUCACAAAGAGAGAUGAGCAACUGGGAAAGAAAGAAGAGCAGCUUCUAGUGCCAUCCGAGCAACAGGAGGGGCAGCUGGAGCAGCCUGUAUUUGUCCCAACUCCUGGCCAGAACGAAGAGAUCCAGCCAGUUCAGCGCCCUCUUGAAAUCUUGCUCCCCGCUGAGCAGCAGAACCUGAAGCAGGAGGUACAGUAG